GUAAUAUAAAUAAAAAGUUCAAUGCUUUUUCCUUUCAUAUUCAAAGAAUACAAACAUGAAGUACGUACUACAUUUAUAAAUCUGUAGCUGUAAAAAAAAUGCCAAAUAUAAUUUUAAGAAAUUUGUUUAUGCAAUAAUGAAUUAUAGUUAUGUAAUUAUAAAGAAAAAAUGCAUGAAAAUAAAUACAGAUUACGAUACCGUUAAAAGAGAACAAGAAGACAUUGCUAAUAAGAAAAACUGGUUAUGAACUUUAAAUGAUAAUAUCUCAAAAGUGAAAGCAUGUGACAUGCAGCGUUUUUCCACAGAAAUAUGGCGGUUCGUUUAUCGCUUACAAGUUUUAUGAUUGACAAUUCCGUUAUUCACAUAUCAAAUUUAAUAUAAAUAAUUACACAGCGUAUUUUUAUAGAAAGUAACAUAAUGUUAUUAACAUUAAAGCCAGAUCAUAAAAAACAUGUAUUACUUCUUACGGGACAUACACCGCAAGUUAAAUUCUGAGGAUUUUAGAGAUUCAAUAAUAUCUUUAGGUUUCUUGGAACAACAAGAAGUUAUAUUGAGUAAAUUAUACAAUGUUAAGAAAGAUGAAAUAUCAAAUACACUCAAAGAUAUUGGAUUUAAAUUGCCUGAAUACCACGAUAUGGAAUGGAGAUUUGAAGUGCAGAUCGCUUCAAGGGCACUGUUGAAACAAGUUGCUCCACUUAUUACAUUGGAUUUAUCCAUAAAGAACUCUGAUAAGGAUGAGAACAUUGAGCAUGUAUUACUUCAAACUGACCCUGUUAAUUUAUCACACAUAACGCAACAAUUAGAAGAGGCUCUUCAAGAAGGUUACAGCCAACACAUUCGUAGACUUUCAAGAGCAAUAAAAUAAUGAUAUUGUACUAUAAUUAAGUGUAUAAAUACAAUAAAAUGUACAUUGAAUAUA